AUGUCUGACGAAGAUCUCACGUUCGAAGAUUCUUAUCGAGACUCAGACGAAGAUGUCGAAGAUGUCGAAGAUGAAGAUGACUAUGUAGAUGACGAUGAUACCGAUCUCAACUUUACGGACGUCGUAGCGGAAAAAGACCGUAAAAAAAAUUAUGAAGUGGACUUUAUUGUUCACUCUAUUGAAGGUAUCGUGAAGAAUCAAGACGAUGAAGUUACUCACGUAUCCAAUAUUCUCGGUAUCCAGAAACAACAUGCUGCAACGUUGCUUCGUCAUUUUCGUUGGAAUAAGGAGAGACUUAUUGAACGGUACAUGGAAGAUUCAACUGAGGUCUUAAAUAAAGCUGGUGUCAUAACUGAUAAUGCCAGAACACCAAAAUUUAUAAAGAUUCCUGGUUUUAUUUGUGAUAUUUGCUGUGAUGAUGAUGAAGAUUUAGAUACCUUAGCUCUAUCUUGUGGGCAUAGAUUUUGUAAAAAUUGUUACGAACAUUAUUUGACACAAAAGAUCAAAGAAGAAGGUGAAAGUCGCAGAAUUUUAUGUAUGGCUAGCAAAUGUAACGUAAUAGUAGACGAAAAAACUGUUGAAUUGGCGGUGAAUAAAGAUAUACAUGAGAGAUAUCGUACGUUACUAAAUCGUACAUACGUUGAUGACAACGAAUAUUUACGAUGGUGUCCUGCUCCUAGUUGUGAAUAUGCUAUAGAAUGUCAUGUACCUCAAACUUCACUUACAAGCAUUGUCCCGACAGUCGAAUGCGUAUGUACACAUCGCUUUUGCUUUGGCUGUGGUUUCCCAGACCAUCAGCCCUCCAUUUGCGUUCUUGUAAAAAAAUGGAUUAAAAAAUGUGAAGAUGAUUCCGAAACAGCUAAUUGGAUUUCUGCUCAUACAAAAGAAUGCGGAAAGUGUCAUUCAACCAUUGAAAAGAAUGGUGGAUGUAACCAUAUGACUUGUCGUAAAUGCAAAUAUGAAUUUUGCUGGGUUUGUAUGGGUCCUUGGUCAGAGCAUGGCACCAGCUGGUACAAUUGUAAUCGUUACGACGAAAAGACUAGCAUAGAUGCAAGAGAUCAACAAGCCAAAUCUCGUGCUUCUUUGGAACGGUACCUUCAUUAUUAUAAUCGAUUUGCCAAUCAUGAACAAUCAGCGAAAUUGGAUCGUGAAUUGUAUAACAAGACUGAGAAAAAGAUGGAGGAAAUGCAACAAACCUCUGAUUUAUCUUGGAUUGAAGUUCAGUUCCUUAAGAAGGCUGUUGAUAUUCUUGUUCAAUGCCGUAUGACACUUAAAUGGACAUAUGCCUUUGCUUUUUAUCUUGCUCGUAACAAUCAAACUGAUAUCUUUGAAGACAAUCAACGUGAUCUUGAGAUGGCAGUCGAACAGCUUUCAGAGUUAUUGGAAAAACCUAUUGAAGCCGAAAAAAUUGCAGAAUUGAAACAACAAGUCUUGGAUAAAACUGUUUAUGUUGGAAGCCGUAGAGAAGUAUUAUUGGAAGAUACCGCUAAAGGAUUACUUGAAUCUCGUUGGGAAUUUCAAGUAGAUAUUAAAAGUUAG